AUGUCACCAACCGCCUACUCCCCCAAGCGGUCUUCGAAGGAUGCCGGCAGGGAGAACCGUCAUCGCAACUCGAGUCCCAUGUCCCGCAUCGGACAACACUCUCCAAGAAUAUCAAACAAGGCAAUUUCCCUUGGGUCACUGGCAGCUGACAGGAAACGGAGGGCUUCCUCGUCCGUCUCCAGCGUGUCGUCGGUCUCGUCUGUAGAGCUCAGCGAUGAUGUAAACGAGUCAGAUGCUGAUGACGAAGAGGACCCACCUGCUGUCCGUGGCCCGUCUUAUGGCCGUCGUGACAAGACUCAUAAGGCGGGAAUGAAAUCAACAAAAAGAACGAAAAAGAUGAGGUUAUCGGACGAUGACGGCUACGAUGGCCAAAAGAGCAGUGGCGAUAAUGACUCGGAAGAUAGCUCCGAUGAUGUUUACGCGGCAGUUGACUACAUUAGCGAUGGAGACGAUGAUGAAGAUCAUGAUGUAGAAAAGUUGGAAGAACUGUUGAUCGUGGAGUCAGAGGAUGAGCAUGAUUUCAAUGGUAUCUUGACAACCUCUACCGUCAGCGUCGCCAACUCCCACGAUUGGGCGGGCCCCAAUGUGUUUGAUGACCACAUGCUACUUUCAGCUGCGUCCUUCUUCGAUGAAGAGCAGCUCUACACCGCCAUGGAAGCCUUCGGGGAGACCGACAUGGCCAGUGAAACAGCCGUAGAAACACCGGUUCCCCGCCGGGUGCAUUUUGAGGAAGACUCGGAUUCAUCGUCUGAGAGCGAUUCCCAUACUGAGGAUGAAAUCCCGAGUGACUUCCUCCAGCAGGACAGCCUUGAUCCUCAACUACGUCGCAUGAUUGAGAAUGACAAUGAGACCUACAACAAGCGCCGUCGGCAGUCCGAUGAACUGUUCGCGGAGUCCGACUAUGGUCAUUCAAACAUUUAUCACGUUGAGUCGGAUGCUGUCUCCGAGGAAUCGGAGUCAAGCGGAUACGAGACCGAUGAUGGCGAGACUACAGAUGAAGACCUUCCCCCGCCAGCAACAAUUACCCAUCCUCGCUCUAUCCUACGCCGCGACUCCUCCGCUUCUCUCCAAGCUACCACUGCUGAAGAGACGAAUGAUUCUACUUCCCGUCGGCGAGGUCCCAUCAUGGGAACCUUCGUUGCUGAUCCCCACAAGCCUGUUGCACUCGUGGACUGCACGGGCAAGCAUCUGGUGAUUAUUCCUGCAUAUGCCUCCUCUCGCCAUGACUGGCUUGAGUCUGCCACAAAUAGCAUCUGUGGCACGGCUAAUAAUAGCCCGCGGGCAACCACAAUGCACCUCGUUGAUGAGAGUGACACAGAUGCGCUUGCAUCACCGAAUCACGUUGACCUAAGCCCAAUGUUGGCUUCUAGCGCCAACCUCAUGAUGACGGCCCUUGGAAAUGAGGUUACCACCGGUGGUCAAGUCAUGGGUCCUCCCGAGGCCUUUUAUCCGUCUCGUGACUUUGCCAUUGAUAGUUCAUUUGAGGAUGACGAAGAGGAUGACCCAGAGGCUGCUUUGAACGUCGAUGAUUUCAUUGACUUUGGUAAUGGCUCAUCCGAUGACGAUAUGGACAAGGAAUUCGACGAUGAUGCACUGGCCUCGCCGAUGGCAGCACCCACCAUCCCAGUUGCUGUCGGUACACCAACCCCUAAUCGAAGUGGGGAUACACAAACGAACAGUGCGGAGCGUUUCCUGAACCACCUGGACCGUGGUAUUGUGACGGCUUUCCGUCGUAAUCACAAUCGGUACCAGGCACUGCUACGCCUCCCACAACACCGGGAGUUCAUGCCGGCAAAUUCACCGUCUCGACCGGCCAGUGUCUUUAGACAUGCAAAACAUGCGGAUCAACGCACGCCUACGCGGAAACGCAAAGCGAGCGGUUACAAUGGCGGCGAGGCGGUCCGACGGAAGCUGAUGGAUGCCCACCGUCGGGGUCAACUUCCUUUCUAG